UUUGUAUUCCUUACGUCUUACGAAGAAGGAAGUACAACCAUCCAAAUGUUAUUUUUUGUUGCGUAUACAUAAAUCUAGGCUGUUAAUAAGAUUAACAGAUUAAUUGACGAUUUAACAAUUUUCCUUUAUUCUCUAUUAAACUAAAUUCAAGCAUUUUAAUUUAAACUAGAAAUAAGAAUGUCAACAGCCCCCGCCCCAAGACCAGUACGUCCACCACCUCCCGUACCGAAACCGGGUCAAGUCAAAGUAGUACGAGCCCUUUACAGAUAUGAGGCUCAGCAGCCAGAUGAGCUUACAUUCGAUGAAGGAGAUACUCUAUACAUUUUGGAUAUGAAGGAUUCUAAUUGGUGGAAGGCCAAAUGUGGUUCAAAUAUUGGUCUAAUUCCAAGUAACUAUGUUGAAGGAAACACAGAAUCUAUAGACUACCCUCUGCAUGAUGCUGCUAAGAGGGGUAACAUGGACUUUAUGAGUGAAUGCAUCCAGAACAGAGUUUCUGUAAAUGGACUGGACAAAGCUGGUUCCACGCCAUUACACUGGGCUGCUCAUGGAGGCCAUAUUCAAUGUAUUCAAACUUUGCUUAGUAUUCAGAACUGUGAAGUAAAUGUACAGAACAAACUUGGAGACACACCUUUACAUUCUGCUGCUUGGAAAGGACACUCAGAGGCUGUGAAAAUGUUGCUAGAUAAAGGUGCACUUGUAGAUAUUAAAAACAAAGAUGAUAAACUACCAAUAGAUCUUACUAAAGAUGCUGAGGUAGCUGCAUUACUGAAACAAGCAGCUGGCGUAAGAGCGUCUAGAUAUUCAGAUGAUUAUGAGGAUGAAGAAGAUUCUGAUUGAAACAUUGACACACAGUAUUUGGAUGGCUUGAUCCAUUUUGUUGAUAAAUGAUUGAAUAAGCAUUAAAUUUAAAAAUAUGGUGCAUGUUUUGAGUGAUAAGAUGAAGUUACAGAAUAAAAGCAAUAUUAAUUCUGUUAAUUAUUUUCAUGCUUUCUAAAUCUGUAAUUUCUUAUUUGUAGUUUUAAUUAAAAAGUAAUUUAUUUGGCAGGUUGGGCUAAAAUUUUAAAUGUAGAUAAUGCCUUCUUACAUUCAGGUCAAAAGUGUUUGUAUUGCUCCAGAAGAGGUUUGUCUCUUUCAAUUUGGUCAUUAAUCUUAAAGUUAUUUGCAUUUUCUUAUGAUAACACUCUUCAAAACCUUUGACAGAUAAAAUUGAUAUUGAAAGGUAAAUGUUUUACUUUGUCACUACUGUUUGUCAAUUGUUAUCUAAGGACCUAUAUAAAUUUUAUGUAUAAAAGCUAUUGUUUGUUAUUUGAAAAAUCAGUACAAAUGAUAUAAGUAACUGUAUAUAUAUUGAAAAUGUUGUAGUAUUUAUAAACAUUGAUAUUUUGUAGAGCAUGAAAUUUUUCAUUCAUUGUUAUUUUUAUUUUUUUAAUCGAUAUUCUUCAUAUAUUGAAAGUUUUUCAUUUAACAUCGUGGCAAAAAUGUAAAAAAUUUUAACUCGAAUCUGACAAUUAAACUAAUGAAACGUUUAAGAUGCCAUAAAAAUAUCAAUACAGAAUCUGCUGUUUCAUUUCUUUAAUAGUAUUUUCUAAUGUGUAAUUUAACAUUGAUUUUUAGUUAGCAUCUAUUAUCUAGAAAUAAAUUUAAUAUCCAGCUUUUCUAAUAGAGAAUUUCUAUUUUUAUGUAAAAUACUAACAAAACAUUUUAUUGGGGUUUUGUCUUCAGAUAUAAAACCUUGCUUUGUCUUUACCUUUUUGUUUGCUUCAUAUUUUGUAAAAUUUAUUAGAAGCUAGAAAUACAAGUAGAUAUGAUGUUCAUCAUUCCAAAAGUUUCAAUAUGAAAGUUGUUAACUAGAGUAUAUUCUAAAAACUUCUACUAAACAAAAUAAUAUAUUCUCAGAGUAUUAUACUCUAAAUGAAUUUUUUAAAGGUAUAUUAAAUAAUACAAUAUUUUAUUGCAUCCUUUUAAGGGAUUAUGACUUAUUAUGUGAUUUGUAUCAAAAUUUAUUUUUGUAAAAAUAUGGGGUUGCACAUUUUUUUAAAAAGUUCUUUUCAGUGUUGCCUUAUCUGUAAAUAUAAAUAACUAAAUCAUUAUACACUUUUGUACAGAAAAUUUUUUUAGCAGAACAACUAUAAAGCUUGUUUAAGUUUAUGAUAAUCAAACUAUUUGAAAAGCUACUACUUCUCUGGAGUGUUUUUUUUUUACAAUUUAAAAUAAUUUCUGUAUUUUGUAAAGAAAAGUUAAUUUUUAAAUAAACCAUUUGUAUAGACCUCAAAAGUAUAAGUAUUGUAAUAUUUAUGUUGACUUAUUUUGACUCCUUUUAAUCACUACAGAUUGAAAUAUUUAUUGUAAACUAAUGCAAGUCACAAAAUUAGUCACAUAUCAAUAUAUUUUAUUUUGCAUCUUGAAAAAAUAGAAUUAAUUUUACUCUUUUGUCAUGGUUUGAAAAUGAUAACUUUGUACUGGUAUGAAUGCUAAAUCACUUACAUAAUGAUUGAAGUUUAUAAAAAGAUGAGUCCUUGUUCAGAAUUUUUGAAUGAAAAAUAAAUUUUUUAAUGUGUAGUUUUCAAGAAAAUAAUUUUCAAACAACUUUGUUACUGUUAUAUCUUUCCAAUAAGUUGCACAAGACUCAUAGAAUAUUUAUAUUUUAAGUAUAUAUUAGAUUUCCACUUGCUUGAAACAAACUGGUCAUAUGCCAGAAAUGUGUAGAAUGGUAGAAUGACCAAACUAUGGGGGCUGGGGGGGGGGAUUAUUUAAGAGGUAAAAGUUGGAAGCUGAAAUAAAUGUAUUGCUUUCUGAAUUGUGUAAUGGAUAAUCAAUGGCCAAGUUUCAUAAAUUUCUUUAAAUUUUGUUUUAGUUUGUUGGUUAAGGUUUUACAUGAGUUUAAUAAUUCAACUGUCAAUUACUUCAGCUUCACAACAGUAACUGGUGAAUUAUCUCCCGAUUACUUCCCCUCCUUCACUGUACAAUAACAGGAUGUUAAAUCAUCUGUAUCAUUUAUUAUUAAUGUUUAAUCACUAAGUUCUGUAUAAAAGAGCUAGCAUUUUAGAUAACUUUUUUUUUCAAAACACGCAAUACAAAAAAUAUUACCAAUCGUUUAAAAUAAAUGCUAACUUAACAAUUCUGCUUCAUUAUAGGUAUAAAUCAUUUAUCUGUCUGUACUCUCUCUGUGAUGUGUUAUCUUUAUCAAUAAAUGUAAGCAUCACUCUA